UAAACACUUACAUGAACAGUGGAACUCAUUUAACACAUCCAGCCCUUUUCAUGACUAAAAGUUGUAUACACAGUGGGAGCCACUUAAUUGCAGACAUCUAAGUUAUUGUUACAUCUGCUGGCGAAUGUUAUCAGCCAGUUACUAUCUGAACAACAACAAAUAGAUAAAACAUGGAGAUGCAAACAAACGAACACCGGUUGUUAAGUGGUGAGAGGACGACAAACACAAAGAUAGAUGACCUGCCCACCACAAUAGAAAUGAUAUCCUAAAAUGAAGGUGCCAUGUAAAAAGCACUGAUGCUAUGUAAAAGGCACCCUGUACACUCUGUAAAGUUUUUGGCAUUAGGAAGAGCAUCCAACUGUAGAAACCAAGCCAAAAGAGAUUAUGAAACCUGGUGCGGCCCCUCGUCUUGCCAGUUCCUGUCAAACCGUCUAACCCAUGCCAACGGACGUUAGAUGAUGAUGGUAAACGACAGGCUUCCACACAUUUUCUGUCUACUAAAUUCACUAACGAGGUAUUGGUCACCCAGGAGCUAUAUUUCAAGACACUUGAUUAAGAUUCCACGUAGUGGAACCGAACCUGAAACAAUGUGGUUACAAAGUGAGACUCUUAACCACAUGGCGAUGCCUGCGCCUCGUAAGAUUAACAAAAGAAAAAAAAAAUCGGGAGGUGUUUCAGAAUAUUCUACUCUGACUCUAUUCCGUCGAAACUCCCUCUCUCUCCCUCUUUAAAAUGAGUAUCUUUAAAUGACAGUUUAAAGAAAUACGUUUUGGGAAUCUAAAAAUAAAAGGUGACAAAUUACUCACAUUACAGAAAUUGAGGUUUAGAAAGUCGGGGACAAAAGAAGGGAAAGGGUCCUAAUCAACCCCCACCCUCACCCAAUUGGUUUUCUAAAUUUUAUAAUCGUAGCUGUGUGAUUACGAAGGUUGCUUUGCAACCAUGUGGUCUUCGGUUCAAUCAGACUGUGAGGCACCUUGACCAACUGUCUUCUAUAGUCCUGGGCAGACCAAUAAAUUUGGUAGACGUUAACUAAAGAAGCCCGCCGCGCGCGCGCGUCGUUGUGUUUGUGCUUUGUCCCCACACUGCUUGACAACCGGUGUUGGUUGGUUUUAUGUCUCCGUAAUCUCGCGGCUCGGUAAAAGCGACCAUUUGAAUAAGCAGUGGGCUUAUAUGUACCAGAGUUCAUCACGGCCACAUUCCAAGCAAAAGUAGGGGAAAUAAGAAGUCGAUCACCGUCUCCGAGAAGUCUGCAGUCACGCCCUUCGUUUACAUUGGAUUGCAAAGAAGUUUGCAGCAUCUUUACAUACUAAUGAAGAACGCAGUUGCUGAAAAUAUAGAAGAAAUAUUUGUUUGGAAUAAAAGUUAAAAUAGAAAAAUACAUCUUUUAUUUUGAGAAAGGGAGGAAGUAAAGCGAUGGAAGACGAAGGCUGUGGGAAGAAGAUUAAAUAUGAAAAACAAUUUAAAAGAAUUGAUUUUCCUGAUGAUAAAAAGAAAGCUAAAGAAAAAACGUUUUAUCAGUGUGAUACCUGUGGAAAGUCAUUUACUCGAAGAGGUAACCUAACUACUCACGAACGUAGUCAUACUGGAGAGAAACCAUUUCCCUGUGAUGUCUGUGGUAAAGCAUUCUCUCAAAAAGGUAACCUAACUGCACACAAACGCACUCAUACAGGAAAGAAGCCCUAUCGCUGUGAUACCUGUGGUAAAUCAUUCUCUCAAAACACUGUCUUAACAAAACACAAACGCAUUCAUACAGGAGAGAAGCCAUAUCACUGUGACAUCUGUGGACAGUCAUUCUCUAUAGAUCACAAUUUAACUAAUCACAAACGUAUUCACACAGGAGAGAAGCCAUAUCUCUGUAAUAUCUGUGGUAAAUCAUUCUCUCAAAGCAGUGUCUUAACAAAACAUAAACUUAUUCAUACUGGAGAGAAGCCAUAUCAUUGUAAUAUCUGUGGCAAAUCAUUCUCUCACAAAGGUAACUUAGUCACACACAAAUACACUCAUACAGGAGAGAAACCAUAUCGUUGUAAUAUUUGUGGUAAAUCAUUCUCUAUAAAUUUUAAUUUAAGUACUCACAAACAUAUUCAUACUGGAGAGAAACCAUAUUAUUGUGAUAUCUGUGGUAAAUCAUUUUCUCAUAAAGGUACCUUGACUAAACAUACACUUAUUCAUAAACAGUAACUGAUGAAUAUAGUAUUUAGACAGUAGUUUAAAUACAAUGCUGCAUAUACCCUUAUUAAUCAGAUUUUUAGAAUUAUUUCUCUGUAUAACCAGUGAUUAUAUGAAUAGUGGCAUAUAUAUAACGCCAGGGAGGUUAUGUUUUUGCUGAUGUUGGUUAUAGAAAUUGGGCGAUUUUCAGCAUGUGUGUAUAUAGGUGGAAAUGAGCUACUUGGCAGUGGUCUGCACUCUCCAAGUGCUUUUCUAGUUCAAAAUAAUAUUUCUAUGUAUUUUUAUCUGCUGUUUACUAUUAUAGAAAAGAAUUAACCAGACAAUAUUCAUAAGUUCAUAACACUUCCAAAGGCCAGAUGGAAUCUGUUGAGGCUGCAGAUUUUCUACUGCUGUGUUGUUCCUGUUGCUAAGCCUCAACACUUUCCAAGCAACUUAAUAUUUUGUUGCAGCCCUUCAUUAUUUUCAAGGGGAACAGAAACAAACAGCUUCGCUUGUGUGAUAGUGAUGCCCACCUUCGUAGUGUCAGGAAUGGUACACACACAUGCACACUUACCAUUGUAUUAACCAGAAAAUUGGGUGUUGUUAUACCACUGGUCAGUAUGUUUCCCUUGUUGUAGCCUUCAGUUUGAUGCUGGGCAGAUGCACAGGCUGACAAUCGCACUGAAUAAUGUUGCUAGUCUGUCGUGGCAUUACUCAUUUGCAGUUGAAUGAACUGGAGCAAUAUAAAAUGAAGUUUUUCUUGAAGAACACAAAGCACUAUCAGUCUUGGAAUUGAAACCAUGAACUUGCUAUUAGUGGAACACCCUAACCGCUAAGCCAUACCAUAUCUACUCCUAAGGAUUUUGUGAGCCUAAGAUGUCACUCAGACUAAAUCUGAGACCAUGUGAUUGGGAAGUAAGCCUCAAAGCACACAACUAUGUGUGAUAGUAUAAUUUUGCAUAUGAGCUUCGCUUUAUUUUAAGCAAAUGAUACCAUGUUGCAUAUGGAUCGGUUCUUUAGCAUUCAUUUGAGAAUUGGCACAAUAUGCAAUAGAAGGAAUGCUGUUAGGCUUUAAACUUUCUUUCAAUCCAUUAUUUUACAAGAAACAUCAAUAUGAAUACCAUCCUAUGUUCUGAAAUUGGUGUAUUGUUUUGGUCAUAAGUUUUGUUGAUCAAAUUCAUUGUUUUACUUGCUUAUUCUGUGUGAUUUCCAGUGAUAUUAUGUUUAUAAUAUUUGUAAAAUUUAUAUAUACAUAGAUGCAGGUUUGGCUCUAGGGAUGAAUGCCAUGACAUGACAUUUCAGGAAGCUUGUGAGUGGAUCUUGUUGGCAAAUACUGAAAGAAGCCCAUUGUGUGUGUGUGUGUUAUCGAGUUAGAAAAUGUACCCUCAUUGUCCUUUGUACACGCUAAUGAUUUUCCAUAUAAGGUAUCUAAAAUGCAAGAUAAUAUAUUUAUAUAUGGUUUGUAAUUUUGUUUGUGAAAUGAAACAAUUUUAGAUGAAUAUGUUAAUUAAUAAAUUAAUUUGUAUCCAGAUCUCUGUUUUAUAACUUGAUAAUAAUGUUUGAUAUUUUAUAUCAUAUAUUUGUUGAAGAGAUAACUCUUCAAAAUAUAAUCUAUUAAACCAGUGUAUCUUGGAUAAAUAUUCCCUAUAAAACGCUUAAAUAUCCUCAUUGUGACAAAUAUAUAGAUAUAUGAAUUUGGGCAUGUUUGUGUUUCUUUGUCCUAACAUUUCAGGAUAGUUGUAGACAAGCUUCUCUAUCAUACAAGUGUUUGUUUCUGACCUUCCAUGAAAAUAUGUCUGGCUAUCAAGAAAUAUUACCUUGUUUGGAAACAAGUGAAGGAUGCCAAGAGGAAAAUCUGCCUCAACAAAUUCCAUUUGAUUCAUGCAAGCAAAGCAAAAUGGACAUUAAAACGAUGACAAUAAUGAUCCGCAAAACAAUUUCCCCCCCUGUAGAAUUAAUGAAACAAAUGAUGUGUCUAAUAAUCUUAGUUUUCAUCAUACUUUUGAUAUUUUCCUGUUGAAACUUGAUUUCAUCUUCCAUUUCUUGUCUCACAUUAUAAGAAAAAUCAAGUUUUGUUGAACUUUUUUUUGUCUUCAGCUGUGUGACUUUUUUUUAUUCCCAGCUCCAUUUCAAUAGAAUGUGUUGCAAUCCUACACACAUAAUGGAAAGCCAAUUAAUGCUAAUUACCAAUAAUCUUGAUGUCUUUUAAUUACAACAUUUUAUUUUAUUGAAAUGUAUGAUGUUCUUUCUUGAAAAUUUUAUUUCUCCAUUUAUUACAGAAUAAAUGACAUUUU